AGGGAAGGCAGAAAGGAGGUGAGAAAAAGCUGUCAAGUGCUGUCCCUGUUGCUCCACCAAAAUACUUUCUUCUCCUCACCCCACCAGGAAGCAGCUGCUGCAGAGCCCUACCUGAUGAAAUAGGCAGUCGUUGGGGUGUCCCUGGCCUAGUUUCCAUCUGCUUGGGCCUGCACUCUCCCGCUUUCUGGGGCCUGCUUUAUUCGCAGCAGGGCUGCUAGACGUUGUGGAUAACAUCCUCACAGCCACCCACUCCUGACCACUCUUAACCCCCUUCCUGAGUCUGUUGCUGCCUCUCAUACUGCCCCCCCCCCCAUAACUGAGGAGCAUAAUUUUGUUUUGCGCUUGUUCCCACCAACUUCUUGCCCUUGCUGAAACUGGCUACUUAAAAGACUGGAAAGCAGCUUUGAAAGAUUUUGAAGUUUUCAAAGUGAGAAACUGACAACUCAGAGGGAAAAGGUGAUGCCAUGGAAGCUGUUCUAACCCCUCCACCACACUCAGAAGACCUGUUGACCAGCACACUUAUGAAGAAGAUGGAUACGCCAACUCUGGAGCAGGAUGCCAAUGUGGCUGUUGUUGGAGCUGUUAUUGCCGUGGUUUUAGUCACACUCCUUUCAGUCAUUGUGCUGAUUAUCAUAUACAUGUACAAGAACAAAGGCACCUACCGUACCUAUGAACAGCGAGAAACAGAUCCAGAAGGGUCAGUCCAGAUGGAGGAUCUGCCCAUUAAAGGUGAAAAAGAAGAGUACUUCAUCUAGAGAACAUGAUACCUGGUUGCGGGCACGUUUUGGAUACUGAGAUUUGUAGAAAACCAUCUACAUUUGUUUGAUGUUUCUUUUUAGCAAGGUUUUGAAACUGUAUUAUUUAUUUCAUUUUACAUUAGCACUCUAUUCCAGGGAGUUCAAGGUUAAAUAGACGCUAGAAGGGUAGUCUCCCUGUAUUGUUGGAAACCCUUGAACAGUGGGGUUAAAAUGCAAAGGCUGGUUGUUUAGCCCCAAUUUUAUUUAUUUUGGGGUGGGGCUGAGAUGCAAUACUCACUGGAGCAUUGACUUUUUUGCUUUCUGCCAGUUUAGGAACUCAGUCCACACACUGACAGCCCUUACCUUAGAAUAUCUUUAAUAUAACAUCAGUGAAACAAGGGGAAGAGCCAAUUUUACAUACAUCAACCUGUAAUGCACUUGCAAAAGUUACAUUGGCUAACAAUGCUUCUUUAAGUUUAAAAGGUGCUCGCCAUACCUUUCGAUCCUGCAGUAAUUCAUACCUGCUGGCAAAUAACUCAGGUGAGUCUCACGGGGGACUUUGUAUGCCAAAUAUGCUAUGAUUCAAGAUCCUAUAGCCAACUCCAAUUUAAAGUAUAAGCAGUGCCUCUGUUUUAGUCUACAUCCUUCUGUGGUAGCUUCCACCUUUAUUAUCAUUAAUGGCUGUUUCAUAGAAGACACAGCAGCAAAUUCAGGUCUACUGCUACAGCCAAUCCUGGCUCUUUGGUUUCAAGUAUUUAAUUCACCCACUCAUUACAUUUGUAGGUGUAGAUCUAGGAAUUGUAGUAUCUGAGGAGGGGCAACAAGGAACCACUAAUCAAAUCUCCCCUAUGUUUGCUGUUUGGUUCCAGACCCUCCUCUAGCAUUGAUGUUCCUGUGAUCUGUGGCUGGACUCAUGUUUCAGUCUUUAAAAAAAAAAAAAAUCUUGACUUUUCAUACCAGAAAGCAUCUUAAAAGAGACAGGUGUCCUGCAGUGUUGAAAUGUUCAAAACAGCUACUGUGUUGAGUUCUCCUCCUCACAUCUGUAACACAUGGAAACUUCUGUGUCCUGAUGUCAUCCCACAUGCUCUGUACCAUUGGUUGUCACUAGCAGGGAGGUGCACAGUGAACUGACUCACUGCUUUCAGUGCUGUAGACUUUAUAAUUUUUUAUGUUUUGACAGACUCCUAGUUAGUUUACUGAGUUUUAUCAAGUUCUCUUGGAUCACUUUUUAUGCAAAAAAUAAACAAUAAAAAAUAAAAAAUAACAUCA